UGGCGGCGGUGGCGGCUGCCAAGGUAUUUAAGGUACCGUGAACCGGCGGCGCACGAGUAGUUCACUUCUGUUCGGUGUGGUGUUGCGGUGAUUUUGAGGGACCAGCUAAAGAGAGCGAGAGAGAGAGAGAGAGAGAGAAAGAGAGAGAGAGAGAAAGAGAGAGAAAGAGAGAGAAAGAGAGAAAAAGGGGGGAGAGAAAGAAGAGAGAGAGAGUAAGCUCUUUCGCUCGUACGCGCUCAUCGAGGGUGCGAGAGAAGAGCCCGGGUUCCCUCUGAAAGACGAUCGCGGCUCCGGAGCGAGCACGUAGAUUUGCCGUAAAUCUGCGAUAGAUACGCGUCCGACACGGUGCGAAAUAACUAACUAAAUCGACCGUGCAUCGAGAGGAGAUCACGUUGCCGCAUCGAGCCGUCAGGGUCGUCGACGACCGUGCUGGAUAGGGUACGGAAGAAGAGUGCCGACAUGUCGGCGUUGAACGCCGCGCUUUGUAGAAGCGGGAUAAUCCUCUGGCUGGCCGUCGUCCUACUGCUUGCGUCACGAUCCACGCAUUCUGCACCGGUAUAUGACCAGGAUACCACACAGAUCGCAGAGUACGAUGGAACCAUCCCUGGAUGUUACUUCAACUACCAGCGGUAUCAAGAAGGCGAUAGGAUCAUGACAAGUGAACCAUGUCUAAACUGCACGUGCCACAACCGAAUGUUGAUGUGCUACUUGAAGGUCUGUCCCUUCACAAAAGCGAUCGGUCAGGAUUGCACGGUGGAGAAACGUCCGGAUCAAUGUUGCCCUGUGAUCACUUGUCCGGAAGUACCGGUUCAGCUACUGACAUCAACAACGAGUGCACCGGAUUCCACAGAAGUCGGAUUCCAUGACAAUUAUGGCUGCCAUGUCGACGAGAGGUUUUAUGCAGACGGCGCUAUGCUGCCGUUGGAUCACCACAAUCCUUGUGAACUUUGUUAUUGCAUUAGAAAUAGAACCACUUGCGUCAUGCAAGAGUGUACUUUACAAGUGGCUGGAUGUAAACCUGUUUAUCAACCGGGUGUGUGUUGUCCAAUCAAGUACAAUUGCGAAUACGAUGAGGAAUCUAGCACUACGGUUGGUCCAACUCCCGGUCUCAUCAUGACCACAACGCUACCUCCUGGCAUGUUACCUCAAUGUUAUUAUGAAGGUAAAGUCUACGAAGACGGUGAUUUGAUUUAUUCAACUCAGCCUUGCCAGCAUUGCUAUUGCUUCCGAGGCGAGAUCGCUUGCGCUGUGCAAAAUUGUGGAACGCCGAUGCAAGAGCAUGGAAAGAAUUGCACGGCCUUACCGCCACCAGAAGGAGAAUGUUGUCCAACCAUAUACGAGUGUGCAGAAGGAGUCACUACGGUACGAGAUCAAGGUGAAGAACAGUUUUCGGAACAAGUACACAAUGAUCAAAUGACCGAAUCUCCCAUAUUGAUUGAUCAGGAAGAUCAACAAAUGAAGGGCGAACAUCCUCAGGAAGAAGUAUUCCCAGGCAUCGACAAUAAUAUACCGUAUGCUCAGGAAGAAGAAGACAAAACUGUUCAAGGAACUAUCGAACAUAUUACCCAGGGACACAUUCCGUCUACCGAAAAACCUGAAGAAGAAAUUGCAACACUACCGACAGAAAAGAUAGAAACUACUACUGCUGAGAAAGAAGUUACUCCUUCUCACGAACAUGUUACCGAAACUUCUCCUGAGGUAACAUCGGAAAAGGCAGAAGAAGUGCCCUCUGAAAUAGAAGCAACAAAACCAGAAGCACCUACUACAGUACAAGGAACUGAAGAAAGUUUAGUUACUGAAGCACCUGCCACUGAAUUACCGAAAGUUUCGUCUAUCGCAGAAGGCUUGCAACCCGAAGAGGAGUUGUUAACAACAGAACACGUAUCUAAAGAACAUGUAAGUACAGAAGAGAAUAUAAUUGAAGAGGAACCUAGUACUUCUGCUGUCACUGAAAGGGGACAAUCGAUCGAACCUUCCAUUAACGAAACAACGCAAACCGAAGGUCCGAUAAAAGAAGAAGAGACUACUAGCCCGCACGAAGAAUUGUCAACGCAAACCGAAGGUCUGAUAAAAGAAGAAGAAACUACUAGUCCGCACGAAGAAUUGUCAACGCAAACCGAAGGUCCGAUAAAAGAAGAAGAGACUACUAGCCCGCACGAAGAAUUGUCAACGCAAACACAAGAAGAGAUAACACAAAAAGAGGUAACACAAGAAGAGAUAACACAAGAAGGACAGAUUAGUUCAGAAAAACCAGAGAGUUCAACUGAAGCCAUUGAGAAAACAACAUCGCCAAUCGAAGAGCCUAGUAUCAGCACUGUUUCUGAAUUUGUUAGCGAGCAACCAAAGGCAAGUGAAGGUGAAUCAGAAACUAUGCCUGGUGUACUCUUAGCAACAGAAACGGAAUCACCGAAAGAAGAAGAAACUGUGACUCCUGCUCAUGAGGUGUUCAGUACUGAACAAAUCACUACUGAGAGAGAAGAGAUGUCGCAUCCGACGGAAAUCGCUGUUACGGAACAAUCAACUGAAAUAAGUGGUCUUCCUAAAGAACAACCUGCUGAAGAACAAAAACCAGUGAUAAGCGAAAAGGAACAACAGCCGGAAGAAACAACAUCCGAACACGCAAUAAUUGAAGAGCAAGCCACUGCUGGCGCUAAGAAAGAAGAUGCCGGUUUGACUGAGAGUUCAGUGAUUAGUGAAGAACCUCUCAUCACGGAAGUGUCACAUGCAGAGGAAGAAUCAACUCCGGAAAUUCCAGCUCAAGGUCCAACUGGCAUACCGAUUCCCGAACGAAGUCCAGAACAGAAAGCAGAAGAUGAGAGCGUAUAUCAUGUGACAGAAGACUAUCAUGGUUUCACUCAUCCGGAAAUUAGUCCCGAUAAUCUCAUAACUGAGGUUCCGCAGAAAAUACCUGUAACUCAUCUCCCGCAGGAACAAGAGACCACGCUAGCUCCAUCAGAAGAAAUUGCAAAACCAAUUGCAACGGAAGGUAUUGAAGUAUCAAUGGAAGGAACGAUGAAACCAAUAGAAGAAGCUACGGAAAUAAACCUACCAAUUGAGCGUAAACCUGAAAUCACUACAGUUUCUGAAGAAACACAAAGUACACCUGCUGUCACCGAAGUUCAGAUUAGCACAGAAUCUUCUACAGCUGUUAUUUCUCAAAGAAUACCGGAAGAAGAAGCACCUGAAAAAUCUAUUGUGCCAGAGGAAACAGUAAGUGAAGUACCACAAACGGAAAUUCAAUUAACAGAAAAGUCUCCCAGUAGUGAAGAAAUGCCCACAAAAGAACUUGAAGAAUCUAGUGAAAGUUCUUCUGGGGAAGUCAGUGGUGAAAAAGAAGUGCAACCAAAGAAGGAAGAAGAAAUAGAAACGCAACCUCCAAUCGUAACAGAACCAGAAAUAGCUCCCGAAAUAUCCACAACUCUUUCAGCGGAACAUUCAACAGUACCUUCGGAUCUUAAGAAAGAACAUACAACAGAAGGUGAAUAUGUUACGACCGUCAUUUCUUCUGCUGAGCAAUCAACGCACGCUCCACAAGUCGAAGAGAAAGAAACUGAAAUAAUUCCUAUUGAAAAAGAAGAACCAAUUACUGAAAAACCAGUUGAGGAACAUGUUACGGAACAUCCCAUUACAACACCAGGCAUAACUGGCGAAGAAGAAAAAGAAUUACAAACUGAAGAACCUAUUUUGAAAGAGGAGCAAACCACGGAAGUGAUAAAGACGACAGAAACAGAAGAAGAACGUACACGAGUUCCUGCCAUUGAAGAAGGAAUAACUGAGCAACCCGAACAAUAUUCUACAAAGAAAGCUUUGGAAGAAGCUGCUGUUACGGAAAGUCAUGGUCUAGAGGAAACAGAAAGUACGAAAGGCGUGACAACAGAAAGUGCAGAACAACAAGCUGCUACAGUAACAGAAAAGGAAUCAACUGAGGAAACUGUGGAAUUAAAACCAACGGAAAUUACCGGCGUCGAACAAACAGAGUUGCCCGUUGAACAUCCCACUGAAGCAGGAAAAAUUGAAAAAGAAGGUGAAGAAAAGAUUUCUGUGCCUGUAUCCACGGAGGGAAUACAAACAGAAAUUCCUGAAGUUGAAACUGAGACAACGACGGAACUAGAAAAGAAGCAGACUGAGACUUCCGUCAGUGGAAUAUCAAGUCAGCCUCCGAUUCCUUCAGAUCGCAAAGAAGAUCAGGAACCGAUUGAACCAGAACUAAACGAAGAGCAAUUAACACAGAAACCAGAGAAAGAAAUAACUGAGACGUAUGAGGAACCACAGAAACCGACAGUUCUUCCUGAAGAAGAAAUAUCUCAUAUUCCAUCUUCGGAAGGUACCAUUACCGAAUCUGUUCUGCCGGAAGAAAAACUGGCUGAGGGUAGUACAACGGAAUCUGUUACUGUUACCGAAGCUAUUACGCCAGAACAACCUGAAAUAUCGAGUGAACAACCGGAAGAAGUCACAACCGAAUUAUCCGGACAGGAGGAACAGACUCAAGAGGAACAGACUCAAGAGCCAAUCACUGAGAAACAACCAGAAAUUCAUGAGAAAACAGAGAUUGAAACAUCCAGUCCUGCAACUCACGAAGAGUCUUCCACUCCUGAAGUUCCUAGAGAAUCAGUUGAAGACGUAGGUGUCAGUAAUACAACCGAAACCGCGGAAAGUGAAGGUACGUCGAUUCCAGUAUUAAUUUCUGAGGCAUCAACUGAGCUGCCUGGACUUGAAGAAUUUACGAAGCACGAAGUUCUUGCCGAGGAAGAAGUUACACCUGCAACCGAAUCUGUACCUUCCGAAAAAGAACAACCAGAAAUACAAGAGCAAGUCACGCAACCAUCACUGAAGGAAGAAACGCCAAUUAAGGAAAAAGGUGAAACGGAAAGUCCAGCUGAAAUAUCCACAGAAGAAGGUAUAAUUUCUGAAACACCUAAAGUAUCGAUUACCGAACAACCAUUGAAGUCUGAAGAAGAAGAAAAAAUGAUUACGGAGAUGCCGGAGCAUGAAGAAAAAGAGACAUAUUCAACGAUUGUUCCGAAAGAAACAACUCAAUAUACAACAAGCAUUCCAGAAGAAAUUUCUGUAGAAGAAGAAAGUACAACAGAGUUAGUACCUCGUCCGUCGGGUAUUCCAGGAGAAGGUAAUUGUCUUGUUGAAGGACAAUCUUAUAACAACAAUUCAGCCGUUCCACCCGCAAAUGCGUGUCAGACCAGUUGUCGUUGCAUUAGCAGUAUUGUACAAUGCGAACUCGUGCAAUGUCCUGCCCCGCCAGCGCAUCUAUCAAAUUGCAUGCCGGUUCACACAAACGGAGAAUCUUGCUGUCCAAUGUAUGCUUGUGAUUCCACACCGACUGCUGAAUUGGAAUCCGACAGUCAUGUAAUUGAACCUCAUGUUUCCGGAGAAAAAGAAAUCCAGACGACUGUUUCGCCUACGGAAAUACCAAAAGAAGCUACGACAGAAUCGAGUACAUUAGUUGGUGAGAUUAGUACUCCGAAGUCACCUGUAGAAAUUACUGUUCCUUCUAUUACAUCUGAAGAAGAAAUAGUAACUGAGAAGCAACAGACCACUCUUAAACCUAUUGAAACGGUUUAUGAACAGCCCACUACAGCUCGACAACCUAUUGAGCAAUAUCCUGAGGAACACACUAUUAGUUCGGUGCCUGAGACAUCACAAGAAUCCUCCAGUCAAAUAUCCGAAGAACAUACUGUGUCACCAAUUAUACCAGGAGAAACUACUGAAAGCAAAAUUAGCGAAGAAGGCAUAACAGAAUCAGUAGGUUUGACCGAACAACCGCAGAAGGAGACUGGAGAGAAACAGAUUCCUAUUAGUGACGAAACAAUUACUUCCACGCAGGUACCAGCAGAACAGGAAUCUCACAGCACUGAAGAACCUGUUACAGUUCCUAGUUUGACAAAAGAGACUUCUGUUCCUGUCGAAGUAGAAGAAAGUUCAAUACCUGUUGAGAAAGGACAAGAAGUUACGACUAUAGCAGCUAGUAAAGAUGAAGGAACUAGUAUACCGACUACAGAACAGGAGAAACCCACCGAAGAAGAAGGUAUCGAAGAACAAUCUACAUUUAAACCAAUUGAAAAAGAACAACCAGAAGAAGAAAAAGUUUCAUUAAAGCCAAUUUCUGAAGAACCUGUUACUGUCGAAGAACAGGAAACAUCUACGAAAUCGAAAGAAAUUUUAACGGAGAAACCAGGAAUUCAAGAGGAACAAAGUACUUCAGUUUCUGAAAUACAAUCAACGACUGAGCAUAAGCCCGAGAGUGAAACUGAAAAGGAAAAAGAGUACGAGACAGUUACAUCAACUGAAACUGUUCAAACCGAGGAACCAGAAAGUCAAACAAAAUUGCCUGGUAUUGCUCCAAGUGAAAUUGAAACACAGGAGCCAAUUACAUCUACUGCUGAAUCAACGACACUAAUACAUGAUCAUACGGUAAGUGAGGAGACGUCAACAAAAGAAUAUACAACUAUAAAAUCUGUAGAAAUUUCUACGGAAGAAAGCACACAGAUGGAGCCGAAAAUUUCAACUCAAGCUCCUGCAACAGAAGAAGAACAUGUUACUGUUGCUAUCUUGCCUGUUGAAACAGAAACGCCUAUCGAGGGAACUACUAAACUAGUCGAAGAAUCUACUCCUGAAGUUUCCCAUGAAAAAACAACAGAAAGCGCAAUAGAAAAGGAAACUACAGAAUAUCCUGAAAAACAAACAGAACCAUCAAUUAUAGAGCACGAAGAAGAGCUGUCAGCUACAAAAUUACCCGAAGAAAAGCCAUCGGAAACUGAAUCUUCAGUCAUUAGCGAGGAACCAGCGAAAACUGAACCUACUGAAACAGAAUACGAGAAACCUACUGAAACCAGUAUCGCUCAGGAACCAGGAAGUACGCAAAUCUCCGUUGAGGAGCAUCCAGAAACUACACCCGAAAUUGAGUCUCAUACGCCUGAAUUACCUGCCGAAGAGCAUACUGAGGAAAUAUCAACGACAUCUGCAUCUACAGAAGAAAAAACUGGCGAGCAACCCACUACACCGAUCGUAAAAGAAACUGAGCCAAGUUUGAGUGAAGAAGGAACUAAACAGCCUGUUAUUUCGGAAUCCGAAACACCAGUUGCAGAAGAGGAACACGUCACUGUUCCGAUUAUAGAGCAAACUUCAAAAUCUGAAUAUCCUAUAGAAGAACAGACUGUUACUUCUCCCAGCGAAGAAAAGAUAACAGAAGGCGCUUCAACAGAAGUUAUACCAGUAACGAGUCAAGAGGAACAAAUAACUGAAAAGACAAUAGAAAGUGUUAAACCAGAAACGCAAUUGCCUGAUACAGCGGAGGAACAUACUGUUGUUCCUGAAAUUUAUAAAAAAGACGAAGAACAGAAACCUGAAAUUGGAAUAACGGUAGAACCUGGUAAAGAGGAGCCAACUACGGUUCCGGAAUUAACGGGUGCAGAUGAGAAAGAAACGGAAGAAGCUGUUAAAGAGGAAGCUGUGACAUCUGGUACUACAGAAGAGUAUACCAAACAAGAAGAAAUUGAACCAGUUGUAAAAAUUCAUGAAACAACAAUUAUUCCAAAAGAACAGAAGCCGGAAGAAGAAGGUCAAGUUACCGAAGCUAAUUUACUGGAUCAUCCAGUAAGUGAAGAAGCGACAACCGUGACAAGUUUGGCACCCGAAGAAUAUCCAAUUGAACCGGUAAAGACUGAAGAACAAAGUACCCAUGAACCUGAAUAUCAGACAACGCUACCUACUGUAGAAGUAUCGCAGCCAGUGACCGAAAUUAGCGAGGUGGAAAAACUUCCACCUGAAGAAGAAACUGCUACAGCUGAAAGUACAGAGAAGCCAGAAGAACCUGUCACAAAACUUGAAAUGAGUUCAACCGAAAAGUCUGAGGAAAUUCCAUUUGAAACGGAAAAGCCGGAAGAAGAAGGUCAAGUUACCGAAGUUAAUUUACCGGAUCAGCCAGUAAGUGAAGAAGCGACAACCGUGAUAAGUUUGGCACCCGAAGAAUAUCCAAUUGAACCAGAACAAGAAACAGAGCCGCCCGAACAAGGUGAAACUACUACAAAAGCAAUUGAAAGCGCAGUAACCAAAGAAAUAUUACCGGAAGAAGCUGUUUCAGUAGAAGUAACUCCAAAAGUUGAAGAGAAACCGACAGAAGCUUCUACAGCAGGAGAAGAAGAGGAAGUACAUCCUACCCAAUCCACAGAAACUACUUCUGUUCAUAAGGAAGAACAACCGUCGAUAACUGAAUUUGAGCCUACUGAAAGGCCUCUUCCUUCUGAGGAAGGAACCCCUGCAGGAGAAAUUCAACCUAGCCAACCUGAAGAAAGCGAGGAGGUUCAUCCAACUGUAUCCGAAGAGGGUCAUCCGGGUAUGACCGAAGAACCUCAGUUUACUACGGAACAUGUGCCCGAAGCACCUAUUACGACAAAAACAGAAGAGCACCCGGAAGUAGAAGAACCAGGAACUAUUGCGACCGAAGGUCUAGUUAAGGUUUCUAGCGUGAAACCAACUGAAUUGCCUGAAGAGAUAACUACCGUUGGACCAGAAGUAGUACCAGAAGAAGUAUCCGAAUCCCAAAUCCCGAUAAAAGAAGAAAGUCCGGAACCGGAAACACCGGUUGAAGAACCUGUCAUAAAAACACAACCGAUACCCACGGAAUUACCAAUUGGAGAAAUUACGGAAGAGAUUCCUGAAGAAGAACCCAUUCAUCCGCAAGAAGGUGAAGAGCAGACUCACAUUGACCAUUUCCCAGAGGCUACCGUGAAACCAGAAACUGAUUAUGGUUUCCAUGAACAACGGCCGGCGACCACUCCUCAUAUUCCAGAAUAUCCUGAUCAAAGCGGAAUAUCGGGUGAAGACAAUUCUCAAUUCCCCAUACCCGGUGGCUAUCCGAAUCCCGACGACGACUAUGGCGAAGACGACUAUGGAGGACCGGGCACUUGUCGAUACGGCGGCAAGGUUUACGUUUCGGCACAACAGAUACCGAGAGACGACCCGUGCGACUUCUGUUUCUGCUUCAGGAGUGACAUCAUUUGUCUCCAACAAAGUUGUCCACCGCCUAUUCCGGGCUGCCACGAAGAACCGAUCAGCGGUUUCUGCUGCCCCAGAUACGAGUGUCCCGUAUCAAUGGCUACGGCUCUUAACUUGACCACUACCACUACUACAACCACGACCACGUUACCACCGCACUUCCCCGCGCACGCUUAUAAAGGGGCCGCGAGGCGAAGCGGUUGUCAACUUAAUGGCCAUGCCUAUCGAGUUGGAGAAGUCAUUAAGUCGGCGUCUAAUCCUUGCCUUCGCUGCAUUUGCGGAAAUGAUGGUAAAAUGAAAUGCGAUCCGCAAGUAUGCAGUCCGGAACCAAUGCUGAGACAAAUGAUAGCUGCGACUACAGAAGCCAAAAGAAGGAGAUGAGCCGCCGAGUCGGAUCGAGGGAUUCAUCUUUACAAAGAAGCAUAUACGAGGGCGAAAAAGUCGACAACAGGAAAAAAAUUCAGUGUUGUAUAAAAGUGAAUGAAAAUUAUUCUAAACUACCUAAAUAUCGCGCGAAACACAGACAAUAAUGUGCUUCGACGAUUACGAACUGAGUGGCCAAAACGUAAACGUUUAUAUUAAUAAUAUUAUAUUAUGUUAUAUAUAAAUAAAAGAAAAAGAGCAACGGAGAAAGAAAGAGAGAGAAAGAGGGGAGGAGGAGAGGAGGCAUACCGAUUGGAGAAUCAUAGAAGAUUAAUUGUGUAUUGAGGCGUGUUAUCGAUGCUAAUAUACGAACCACGGAAGGAAGAAGCUAGGCAGCAUGGAUGUAAAAAAUGUAGACAAAAAAGAAGAAAAAAAGAAAAAAAUUUGUCGUGUAACGAACAUAAUUUCGCGUUCUGUCUUGCGUGGGAUAUUUUACAUAUGCCCUAAAAAGACAAAAAAGAGAGGAAAUUACUGAACGUACGAGACUUAUGACUGUGCCUUUGUCAGUGUCGAAUAUCAACGGCAUUGGUUUCGUUUCGGCAACGAGCGCCGUCCGCAGCCACGGUCAUCGUCGUCGGUAUUAAAAAAA